AUGAACUCUGUAGGGAGGAUCUCGGCUUUGAGGUUACUGAUCUUCUUCACUAUUUUGGCACCUGAUGGGAAUGGACUUCGCAGGUAUCUCAGCAAAUCUGCUGACUUCUCACUGUUUGUGAUCGUUGUUGGCCAGCAAACUCAAGUCCCUCCACAAUUCCCAAGCAGGAGCCUCCUUUCCCAGAGUCCUGUCAAAUGGCAGCUGACUGUUGUCAGUGCUCAUGCAGAGAAGCCCAGCCAGCAACUGCAGCAGAAUCAGAUUGAACAUAUAAAAACAAGAAUUGUGAGAAAAUUCGAGUAUUUCUGGAAUACAUUCAUAAGUCAAGCAAUGCUCUUGUGUAAUUUCAUGUACGCUGCUGUGGACAGACUUAACACAGGUUUCCUUUUCCUGUUCUUUGUGUGUGUGUGUCCAGUUAGCACUACACUGUUUGUAAAGAAGGGUGCAAACGCUGUGCUGUGCUGCCCUGCUCUUCCAAUGACAAAAGCAGUAUUAAUAAUGUGGUUCAUAGCCCCCAGAGGGCAGCCUCCUUGCAAAAUAUCCUACAGAGUUGAUACAAAGGAGAACGAUGAAACCAACUGUACGGACAGGAGAAUCACCUGGGCAUCCACACCUGAUCAGAGUCCUGACCUUCAGAUCAAUGCAGUGGCCCUCGAUCAUGACGGGCUUUAUUCAUGUGAAAUAGUAACACCGCAGGGGAAUUUCCUAAGGAGACAUGACCUCCAAGUGCUAGUGCCUCCAGCAGUAUCCCUGCUUCCAGGAGAAAACAGAACAGCAGUUUGUGAGGCAAUUGCAGGCAAGCCGGCUAUGCAGAUCUUUUGGAGUCCAGAUGGGGAUCACAUCACUAAGCAGGAAUCACACAGCAAUGGCACCGUGACUGUCAGGAGCACAUACUACUGGGAGCAGAACAAUGUGUCUGUUGUGUUCUGCCUUGUCUCCCAUCCAACUGGCAACCAGACUCUGUCCAUAGAACUGAAUCAAGGUAUCACCAGCACGAUGCAUUCCCUGCUGACCAUUCUUUAUGUGAAACUUUUCCUUCUGGGGAUUAUUCUGCUCAUCCUAGGAUUUGCUUUCUUCCAGAAGAAAAAUUAUUUCAGAAAAUGA